UCUUUCUUAUUCGAAAUACCGUACGAUACGGUUUACUUCUGAAUAUUCAGUAAAAUAUUUUUGUAAGUUGUACUUUUCUAACUUUUUUAAAUCCACACAACGUUCAAGAAAUUUAAAACAAUGUCUGCGUUGGCUUAUGAAAAAAUUUGGUUCGACAAAACUAUCUACACUGAUGCAGAAAGGAAUUACUACGAAUCCCUAUCAAAGGUUCGAGGUACACCACUUACAUUAACUCAGUCUUCCUUGGCCAAUGAAGUUGCAAAGGCUAGGCAGCACAUCAAAAACUCCCUUGAAUGUAUGGAUAGUGUUGCUACUUUAGCUGGAGUUCCAAACACAGAAUUAACUAAUAAAGUUAAAUCCUUAGAGAGAGAUAAUAGUGACCUCAAAAAAGCCAUUGAUGACUUACGUAACCUAGUGAUCAGUCUUCAAGCUCGAGUAGAAACUUUAGAAGAUAGCAAAAAUUCAAAAUCUUCAUUUCUCCCUGCAUCUAAACCACCACCAGCUGCAGCUUCCCAAGAGUCAGACGAUGGGGUGGAUUUAUUUGGCUCUGAUGAUGAAGAAGAAAGUGCUGAGGCUAUAAAAUUAAGAGAGGAACGUCUUGCUGCAUAUAAUGCAAAAAAAGCUAAAAAACCUGUACUCAUUGCUAAAUCAAAUAUAAUUUUGGAUGUAAAACCUUGGGACGAUGAAACCGACAUGGCAGAAAUGGAGAAGGCAGUAAGACAAGUUACCACCGAUGGCUUACUAUGGGGUGCAGCUAAACUAGUCCCAUUGGCCUAUGGUAUACACAAACUUCAAAUUUCUUGUGUUGUAGAGGAUGAUAAAGUGUCAGUAGAUUGGCUAACUGAAGAAAUCGAAAAAAUUGAAGAUUAUGUACAAAGUAUUGAUAUCGCUGCCUUUAAUAAAGUUUAACAAGGAACUACAAAUUUUUACUGUUGAAUAAUAAAAAUAAUAGCAAAAUCAGCUGCCUCUUAUUACC